AUGUCGAAACGCGCGCAAUUAUUGGAGAAUGAAGCUCUGGUGCGAGCGCUGUGGCAGGAAGGCCGCGUCUUCGACGCGUCCGUCCCGGCCUCUGGCACCGCCGACAAGUACUUCUGCACAUUCCCGUACCCGUACAUGAAUGGCCGGCUCCACAUUGGGCACGCGUUCAGCAUGUCCAAGGCCGAGUUCCAGGCCCGUUUUCAGCGCACGCAGGGCAAAGCUGUGCUUUGGCCGUUCGGGCUGCACUGCACUGGUAUGCCUAUAAUGGCGUGCGCCGACAAGAUAAAGGCUGAGCUGGCUGAAGCUAAAAACGCUGGUUUAUCGGCUCCAAUCACCGGCUCGGAGGAACUCCCCGUCGACACCGCAGGCUCCCAGGAACAGGCGCAGGAGAAGGAUUGCACGAAAUUCAGUUCCAAGAAGAGCAAGCUGACUGCGAAAUCCAAUGUGAAGAUGACCCAGAUGGAGAUCAUGCGCCACAUGGGCAUCGCUGACGCCGAGAUCCCCAAGUUCGCCGACCCCCAGCACUGGCUGACCUACUUCUCGCCGCUGGCGAUUCAGGACCUGCAGCAAUUCGGCACCUCGGUCGACUGGCGCCGCACGUUCAUCACCACCGACCGCAACCCCUACUACAACGCGUUCGUGGAAUGGCAGUUCACCCGCAUGAAGGACCUGGGCACCCUGCACUUCGGUUGCCGCGCUUCCAUCUUCAGCCGGUCUGUGAUGCAGCCCUGCGCCGACCACGACCGCGCUGAGGGUGAGGGCGCGACCGCGCAGGAGUACACCGCGAUAAAAAUGCACCUGGAGGAAUCGCCAUUUAGCAUUCUCGAUUCGCUGGAUGCGCCGUACGCGCCGUACAAGGAGGUCCUAGCGUCUAAACAGGUGUACUUGUUGGCCGCGACCCUGCGCCCAGAGACCAUGUACGGCCAAACGAACUGCUUUGUGCUGCCCGAGGGGUCCUACGAGGUGGUGCUGGGCUUCAGCACCCCCAAGCUGAACUUCAACGAUUUCGGCGUCGUGGAGAGCAUCGUGAGCGUCGAGGAGGCCGUCAAGAGAUGCGACUGCCUCUACGUCACCUCCGCACGUUCCGCGAUGAACAUGGCGUACCAGGGUCUGGUCCUGUUGCGUCCUCCCCAAGCGCCGUCUACGCUGAGCGAAGUGCACUCAGUGUCCCGUUGUAACGGCCAGGAGCUCAUAGGCUCCGCUCUGCGCACCCCGCUGAGCGUGCACCAGCGCAUCUACGUGUUGCCGAUGCUGACGAUCUCGAUGGAGAAGGGCACCGGCAUCGUGUCGUGCGUCCCCAGCGACUCCCCCGACGACUACAUGACCCUCUCUGAAAUCCGCAAGAAGGGCGCCUACUACAAGGAGAAGUACAACGUCGACGCCGUCCACUGCAGCCUCGACGCGGUGCCUGUGAUCGACAUCCCCGGCCUCGGGUCGUGCGCCGCCGAGCUGGUGUGCCAGCAGGAGAAGGUCGCCUCCAGCAAGGACAGCGUGAAACUCGAGCGCUGCAAGGAGAUUCUGUACAAGCGCGGGUUCUACGAGGGCGUGAUGGCCGUUGGGCCUUACACCGGCCGCAAGGUGUCCGAAGUCAAGGAGGUCAUCCGGGACGAGAUGCUGCGCGACGAGCAGGCGUUCGUGUACUACGAGCCGACGAAGCGCGUUGUGGCCCGUGCCGGCGACGUCUGUAUCGUCGCGCUCUGCAACCAGUGGUACACCAAAUUCAGCGACGAGGCCUGGAAGCAACGCGUGCUUGCCCACGUGGGCGACCCGUCUAAGUUCACCUGCUACUCCGAGUCCGCGUUGAACCAGGUGAAGCACGUCGUGAGCUGGUUGGACAACUGGGCGUGCAGCCGUUCGUACGGCCUCGGCACCGUGCUGCCGUGGGAGGACAUUAGCCAGAACAAGAAUUCGCUGAUCGAGAGUCUGUCUGACAGCACCAUCUACAUGGCGUACUACACGAUUGCGCAUUACUUGCAGGGCGACAUUUUCGGCACAACCCCUGGUUCCCUCGGCCUGAAGGCGGAGCAGCUGACCCCGGAGGUGUUCGACUACAUCUUCCACCUGAGCGACAAGGCCCCUGCCGACGUCGACGCUGCGAUGUGCGAGAAGCUGCGCCAGAUGCGCGACGAAUUCGCGUACUGGUACCCGGUUGACCUCCGUACCUCCGGCAAGGAUCUGAUCUUCAACCACCUGACGAUGAGCCUGUUCGUUCACAAUGCCAUAUGGGGCAACGUGAGCUCCAUCGAUGCGAUGCCGCGGUCGUACCUGUGCGUGGGCCACAUCCUGGUCGACGCGGAGAAGAUGUCGAAGUCCAAGGGGAACUUCCUGACGCUCGAGGACGCCAUCGCGCAGUACACCGCCGACGGCACCCGAGUGGCGCUCGCGGAUGCGGGCGACGGUCUGGAUGACGCCAACUUCGCGAAGGAGACGGCCGAAGCGGCCGUGCUGAAGCUGCACGCCAUCCUGCUGUCUGCGCAGUCCGACAUGGAGCUGGCCGGCCGUGCCAACAGCGGGAGCAGCCUGUCGGAGUACGCGAAGCGCGUGUUCAUGAACGAGCUGUGCGUCCUCGCCGAGCGCGCCAAGGAGUCGUACUCGAACUUCGUGUACCGCGACGCGCUGAAGUACUGCUUCUACGACUACAUCAACGCCCGCCGCAACUACAUGCAAAUGUCCCAGGGCGACGUCGACCACGCCGCCCUCGUGAUGUACCACGAGACCUUCUGCCGCAUCGCCAACCCGAUAAUUCCGCACAUGUGCGAGUUCAUCUGGCUGAAGGUGCUGGGCCGCAGCACGUCGCUGGUGGGAGAGCCGUGGCCGACGCUGCCCGCAAUCGACUGGGCUCUUCACAGGCAGGUGAAGCUGUUGUCGAAGAACCUCGACGAUUUCCGCAAGUGCAAGGAGAAGUCCCUGGCGACAUCCAAGAAGCGCAAGGGCGCCGCCCCGGUUGCCGAGUUCACGGGCGCGGUGAUCUACGUUGCCAAGGAAUACCCGGCGCUCCACCAGGAGGUGCUGCGCGCGCUCCAGGCCAUGGACGUCGUCAGCGGCGCCAUGACGGAGAAGGACGUGAUCAAGGCGCUGUCCACCUCCGACCUCGUCAGCAAGGCUUCCGUGGCCGACAAGAAGACGAUGCUGGCCUUCGCGAGCUUCCAGCUGCGCGACGUCGCCGUGAUGGGCAGCAGCGCCCUGCUGCUGGAGCUGCCGUACUGCGAGCUGGCGUUCCUGCGGUCCAUCCUGCCGUUCGUGCAGCAGUCGCUAGAGGUUACGGAGUUGCACGUGCUGCCGCACGACGAGGCGCACGAGCGCGACACUACUAGCAUUCGGCAGUCGGCCUUCCCCGGCCGCCCGGCGGUGUUCUUCUACUAG